GGCGACUUUUCCCGCGUCUUUGAAGUUGGAAGUGCCAUCGAUCACUAUCUGAAUCGCACAUCUACCACUCUUCAUCGCAUCUAACACAUCUUUGGCAAUGGAGCUGUCCGCAGAGAAAUUCACCAUCGCAGCCCUGCUUCUCGGUAAGGCACACGCCGAGGGCAGUCAAGGACAGAUGCGCACCUGUCUCAUGCCACAUGCUGCCCGCCAGCCACGCCACUGCUGCUCACGUGAUGCAUCUCUCGUCGGUGCUUGUGCUGUGGGUGCGCUUGCUGCAGGGAUGCUCCUGCUGAUGGGCAUUCAGACCAUGAAUUUCCACCGGCAGAUGGACAAGCUGGAAGACACGGUGCGCAGGCUGCAGAGACAGGUGGGUGAGACCACACAGUCGCAUGAGAGAGAGAGAUCUGAGACAGGGGAAGAUGCCUGCCAUCUGUGUGUGCUGGCAGGGUCCCCCGACGGCUGUGGCUGCCGGUGGUCGGCUUCGCGCUCUGCAAGUGGCCGACGAGGAGGCGCGCAACGACACCUUCGCGGCGAUUGCCAGUGAAUGGAGCACCACGGACUAUGGCGUGCUCCGCUUCGACGACACCAUCAUCUCCACCAAGGAAUACUUGGAGGGCAUCGAUCUCUUUGACCUGCUCACCAUUGAUCUUCACGACCUCUACAAGGUGCGUCCGUGAGGAAGGAUGGAUGCGGCUGCUGAGGCGAGUUGUGUGGGGUGUGUGUGGUCUCGUGUUGUGUGCAGCUGGAGGGCCUUGUGGUCUCGUUUGGCAACGGCAGCCGGUGAGGGGGAGUGGGCUGGACGGCGUGGCGUGGCACAGAUCACGUCACGCACAUGCUUGUCUCUGUCUCUGUCUGUGUCUGUCUCUCGCUGUGUGUGUGGUUCAGCUUUGAAGCCAUGCAGAAACUCGCCCAGGUGUUCAGGUCGGCCGUGACAGCCAGAUCAGAUCAAUCCUCCAGUGCUCACCGCCCUCUCUCUCGUCGUUCGUGUGUGGUGGUACAGGGACUACGACGCACCCAUGAUCGAGAUCUACUUCCAGUCGGGCGACCGUAUUGUCGUCGGCAAAGGUACUCACUCGCCACACACAUGCCAUCCGAACCGACGCACCCUCCCUCUGUCUGUCUGUCUGUCUGUCUGUCUGUGUCUGUGUCGUUCAUCCAUCCAUCAGAGGGUGCCGCCUUCUUCGACAAGAGCGACCUCCGCACCCCGCAGGCCCUGUUCGAGGGCCCCGAGAUGCCCGACGGCACCACUGGCCCCGAGCUCAUUGACAUUCUCAACGGCACUUACCAGGCCAUGCAGAAGGAGCUCUUCGACCUCUUCACCAUCGAUGUGGACCUCGACGAGGUGGAGGGCAACGGCGCCAACAGACGGAACCUCCAGUACCUCGGAGCGUAAGUGCAGCCAUCGGAUGCACACGUGCAGAAUGGAUGGAUGAGCGUGUGUGUGUGUGUGUGUGUGCAGUCGGUCGUAUAACCUUGCGAAUGGUCGUCCGGGGAGCGUCUUUGACACCGGCCUGGCGCGACUGGGUGAGGACACCAAUGCCUUCCUUGUCUGUCUGCAUGAACGAAGGAAUGCGGUGUGUGGUGGGUGUGUGGUGCAGCCAAGACGAUCGACCUGACACAAGGUGCCCGUUUGGAGGCUCGAGGCAACUCUGGGUACGUGACGCACUCUACCCACGCCACCACACACACAAGCGUAUGCCACCUGUCUGUGUCUCUGUGUGCGUGUGCAGCCGUUGCGUUGAGGCUGCCGACUACUGCUUCCGCAAGAACGUCCCAUACCGAUACGACAGACCAGAGCCCACAAAUGCCGGUAAACAGGGGAGGGAGGGAGGGAGCCGCACAAAUGGAAGGGCGACACACACCACACGCACCCCCAUCUGCAAUGCAGCGCACUGCAUCGAUCAAUGUGACUCACACGUGUGUGUCGUGUGUUCAGGGCCGGAAGUCAACUACGUGGCGGAGGGCAACACCAGAUAGAUAGAGAGAAGAACGGACGGACGGACGGACGGACGGAAGGACUGCCUAGCCUUCUCCCCCCCCCUCUCUCUCUGUAUGUGUGUGUGUGUGUGUGUGUGCGCGUAGACCUCCGCAGCUGUGUGCAUGUGAUGUGUUCUGUUGUGUUGGUGUUUCAGUGAGAUGAGUGCGUUUAUCAGUGCCCCCGUGCGUGUGUUGUGUUGUGUUGAACGACCAGCCACGUACGUCCCCCUCUCGCCUCGCCUCUCGCGUGUCAGUGCUCUUUUUAUCCAUCACUCAUUCAGCCAGCCAGUCAUGAACCAAAAAGGUGGGAGUUGGGGUGUGGUGCGGUCGGCCGAUGUGUCCAUCGUCGUCGCGUCGCACACACGUGUCCUUUCAGUGCCUUAGAUAUCUGUGCAGUGAGUGCAGUGCAUGUGUCUGUCGGCAGUGAGGGCGUGUGUGCCCUUUCUAGUAGGGCCAUGGCAUUGGAAUGCAUGAGCUGAUGCAUCCAGUGCUUGAUUACAUCCCAUCUCUGACAAAGGGAUGGGACCUGGGGGAGGUGUUUUUUCCUUCUAGCUAUAGGGGUAGGUAGAGGUACUGCGGCAGCCAGGGUACCUAGCUGGUUGGCUGCCAGAGAGGGGGUUUAACCGAGGUCGAGGCAGCUACAAGUGCCUCCGUCUGUUUGUGUCUCUGAGUGUCCAUCUGCCUUUAUCUAGGUGUGUUCCGCUUUUCUAUCCAAUGGCCAGUGUUUUGGCCAUCAUGAUGCCGCCUGCCUGCAUUCAGGCGCGCACUCGUUUUCUGGCGAUGUCUGUCUGCACAGUUUUUCUCCCACACCCCUGACCGACCUUUUCUUUCUUCCCUUUUUUCUGUCGAUGGCCGCCCAUGCACUACACACCACGCUUAUUUCUCUCACUGCUGACUGACCUUUGGUUCCUUUUCUCACCAUCUGUCUGUGUGAUAUAUCGUUUUUCUCUCGUCUGUGUGGAUGUGUGUGUGCUGUGGUGCAGGUAGGUACGUCAUGGGCAAAGAGGUCUGCUUGUGUGGGGUGGGCUGUAUGUGCUGUGCUCGGAUGACAUCGUGUGCAGUGUGUGAGGUGGGUGUGAAAGACAGACAGACUCGGCAAUGAGUCAGCCCAGCCAACCGACAUACGUAACAAUUCAGUUCUGACCAACAAUACAGACAGAGGGGAUGAAAGCAAAGCAAGCAAAGGUGCACUGCCGUCAGCCGUUGUCAAUGACAUCUGACGACAGACAAAUGCCGACAGAGUGCUGCCUUUCUCGCCUGGCACAUGAAGUCAGCACAUGUCUAAGUCACAUGCGGCUGGCGCAAGACUCGAGACUGAUUGACUGAAACGUGUUCAAUUUAAGGUGCGCAAUGCAACCUUGAGAAUC